AUGCCACGUGGCACCUCCCCAACUGUCGAGAUCAGGGGCCUCAGUUUCACGUACCCGGGGAUCGACGGCCAUCCUCCGCCUGGUUUCAGACCUCUCAUCGACGACUUCUCUCUCGCCCUUGAUUCUGGCGACUGCUGUCUCCUCAUCAGAUCCAACGGCGCAGGUUCGUUUCAGCUCAAGCCUGUCUUCUGCAAACUGCCCAGUCUUGUCUUGAAUGUCUCUGUGUUAGUAGUGGAUCAUUACAUGCCGAUCUCAGCUAGUGGAAGACGUGGAUCUCAGUGUCCUGUUGAGAAAAUGAUAUUAGGGGUGGCAUGUAUAAAUCCACAAAGAAGAGCUGAGCUAAUCAAGGUGCUAGACAUUGAUUUAUCCUGGAGAAUGCAUAAGGUUUCUGAUGGACAGAGAAGGCGAGUGCAAAUCUGUAUGGGACUCCUCAAGCCAUUCAAGGUGCUUCUUCUUGAUGAGAUAACAGUCGACCUCGAUGUGUUAGUGAGGGCUGAUCUUUUGAGGUUUCUCAGAAAGGAAUGUGAAGAGAGAGGUUCCACAAUUAUCUAUGCCACCCAUAUUUUUGAUGGCCUAAAUGACUGGCCUACACUUGUUGUGUAUGUGGCUCAUGGAAAGUGGCAGUUAGCAUUGCCAAUUGAUAAGGUUAAGGAGAACAGCAAACUGUCGCUUAUGAGGGCGGUUGAGAGUUGGCUGAGGGGAGAAAGAUAUGAGGAGUGGCAGAGAAGGAAACAGAGGAAGGCAAAAGGUCUCUCUGAGUAUGAACAGAAAAUCGAAGGAAGCCGGGUCACCGGUGAUCCGGCUUGUGUUGCUGCACGGCCGUUGAAUAACGGUUGGGCUGAUUGAAGGUUGCACUCGACCAUUGCUGGUGAAGAAAGUUACUUCUUGAGCUCAAACAGAGUUCUCAGACGGUAGUCAAGCACAGACAUCCCCAAAACUUUUCAAGCAGAAUAAUUCUCUCAUUGAUGGAAAGUUGG